ACUGAGAGGCACAAUGGCUCGGAGAGAAGUUCAGCUAAACAGAGCAAAAUUCUCCUGCACUAUCUGUUUGGAACUAUUGACUGAUCCUGUGACUAUUCCCUGUGGACACACCUACUGUAUGAAAUGUAUUAAGACCCAUUGGGAUGGAGAAGAUCACAGGAGAAUCUACAGCUGCCCUGAGUGCAGGAAGGAGUUCAGUCUAAAGCCUUUUCUAAAACCAAAUGUCAUGUUGUCUGCUUUAGUGAAAGACCUGAAAAAGACUGGACCCCAAGCUGCUGGAGCUGAUCACUGCUAUGCUGGACCUGAAGAUGUGCCCUGUGAUGUCUGCACUGGGAGGGAACGAAAAGCUGUCAAGUCCUGUUUAUUGUGUCCUGCUUCCUACUGUGGGGAUCACCUCCAGCCUCACUAUGACGCUCCACAAUUGAAGAAGCACAAGCUGGUGGACCCUUUCAAGAAUCUCCAGGAGAUCGUCUGCUCUCGUCAUGAUGAGGUGAUGAAGAUCUUCUGUCGUACUGAUCAGCAGUGUAUCUGUUAUCUCUGCUCAAUGGAUGAACAUAAAGGCCAUGAAACAGUUCCUACUGCAGCAGAAAGGACUGAGAAGCAGAAGGAGCUCCAGGAGAGACGACAACAAAUCCAGCGGAGAAUCCAGGAGCAAGAGAAAGAUGUGAAGCUGCUUCAGCAGGAGGUGGAGGCCAUCAAUGGCUCUGCUGAUAAAGCAAUGAAGGACAAUGAGAAGAUCUUCACUGAUCUGAUCCGCGUCCUUCUGACUAGAAGCUCUGAUGUGAAGCAGCAGAUCAGAUCCCAGCAGGAAACUGAAGUGAGUCGAGUCAAAGAGCUUCAGAAGAAGCUGGAGCAGGAGAUCACUGAGCUGAAGAGGAAAGAUGCUGAGCUGGAGAAGCUCUCAAUCACAGAGGAUCACACCCAGUUUCUCCAGAACUACCCCUCACUGUCAGCACUCAGUGAGUCUACACACUCAUCCAGCAUCAAUAUUCGUCCUCUGAGAUACUUUGAGGAUGUGACAGCAGCUGUUUCAAAGCUCACAUGUAGAUUAGAGCACAUCCUGAGAGACAGAUGGACAAACAUCUCACUGCUGUCAGAACCAGAACCAAAGACUAGAGCUGAUUUUUUGAAAUAUAUACGAGAAAUCACUCUGAAUCCAAAAACAGCAAACGGAUUCCUGUCAUUAUCUGAAAGGAACAAAAAAGUAAUACUACUGAAUCAAAAACAGUCUUAUCCUGAUCAUCAAGACAGAUUUAACGAUUGUCAUCAGAUCCUGAGUAGAGAGAGUCUGACUGGGCGCUGUUAUUGGGAGGUGGAAAGGAGAGGCGUAGUUAGUAUAGCAGUUUCAUACAAGAAUAUCAAGAGGUCAGGAAACUCGGACGAAAGUUUAUUCGGCUACAACAAAAAAUCUUGGACUUUAAGUUGUGACAUCAAGAGCUACAUAUUUCAUCACAAAAACAUUCAAACUCCAGUAUCAGGUCCAGUUUCCUCCAGAAUAGGAGUGUAUCUGGAUCACGGAGCAGGUAUUCUGUGUUUCUACAGCGUCUCUGAAACCAUGACUCUCCUCCAUAGAGUCCAGACCACAUUCACUCAGCCUCUAUAUGCUGGGAUAAGAUCUUCCUUUAAAGGAUCCUCUGCUGAAUUUCUUAAACUGAAAUAG